GCCGCCGCGGCCGCCCGUAUUCCCGCCGCCGCCGCCUCGGCCGCCGCAGCGCCGACAGCAUGUCUCGGAGGAAGAUUUCGUCCGAGUCCUUCAGCUCCCUGGGCUCCGACUAUCUGGAGACCAGCCCCGAGGAAGAGACGGAGUGCCCGUUGUCCAGGCUCUGCUGGAACGGCGGCCGCAGCGCGCCCGGGCCGCCCGAGCCCAGCGCGGCGCACGUCUCCGCCCGAGCCCCGGCGGCCGGCGCAGCCGCCGCCGCCGCAGUCAGCGCCGCCACGGCUGGGGCUAGGCGAGCGCAGCGCCGCAGGCGGGUCAACCUCGACUCACUGGGCGAGAGCAUCAGCCGUCUGACGGCGCCCUCGCCCCAGAUGAUACAGCAGACUCUCAAGAGGACACUGCAAUAUUAUGAGCACCAAGUUACAGGUUAUAGGGAUACAGAAAAGAAUUUCUACAAUAUCUCUAACAGAUGCUCCUAUGCAGACCAUUCCAACAAAGAGGACAUUGAAGAGGUCUCAGGAAUUCUUCAGUGUACUGCUAAUGUACUCGGUUUGAAGUUUGAGGAAAUCCAAGAAAGAUUUGGUGAGGAGUUCUUUAAUAUAUGCUUUGAUGACAAUGAGAGAGUCCUUCGAGCUGUAGGUGGCACGUUGCAGGACUUUUUUAAUGGCUUUGAUGCUUUGUUGGAACAUAUUAGAACUUCUUUUGGAAAACAGGCCACUCUAGAGUCACCAUCAUUCCUAUGCAAAGAGCUCCCAGAAGGUACUCUUAUACUCCACUACUUCCACCCUCACCACAUUGUGGGGUUUGCAAUGCUUGGAAUGAUUAAGGCUGCAGGAAAGAAGAUCUAUCGGCUGGAUGUGGAAGUGAACCAGGUCGCUGAGAAACUGUGCUCUGAUGGUUCAAACCCAGGCAAUUGUAAUGGCCUCGCUUUCCUUAUCAGACUAUGUGAAAAUGCUAAUAUCACGAAGAACCUUCCUCAGGGAACAUCCCAAGUUCCUGCAGACCUCAGAAUUAGCAUCAACACCUUCUGCAGAGCCUUCCCUUUUCACUUGAUGUUUGACCCCCACAUGUCAGUCCUUCAGCUGGGGGAAGGCCUAAGGAAGCAGCUCCGAUGUGACACUCACAAAGUGCUCAAGUUUGAGGACUGCUUUGAGAUCAUUUCUCCGAAGGUUAAUGCCACCUUCGAAAGGGUUCUGCUGCGCCUGUCCACCCCAUUUGUGAUUAGGACCAAGCCUGAGGCUUCUAGCACUGAGAAUAAAGACAAGGUGAUGGAAGUUAAAGGACAAAUGAUCCAUGUCUCGGAAUCAAAUUCCAUUUUAUUCUUGGGUUCUCCAUGUGUGGACAAGUUGGAUGAACUUAUGGGACGAGGGCUACAUCUCUCAGACAUCCCUAUCCAUGAUGCUACUCGAGAUGUCAUCUUGGUUGGCGAACAGGCAAAGGCCCAGGAUGGGCUGAAGAAGAGGAUGGAUAAAUUAAAAGCAACUUUAGAAAGAACUCACCAGGCCCUGGAAGAAGAGAAAAAGAAAACAGUGGAUCUUCUAUACUCCAUUUUCCCUGGUGAUGUAGCCCAGCAAUUGUGGCAAGGGCAGCAAGUGCAGGCCAGAAAGUUUGAUGAUGUCACCAUGCUGUUUUCAGACAUUGUUGGCUUCACGGCCAUAUGUGCCCAGUGUACCCCUAUGCAAGUCAUCAGCAUGCUGAAUGAACUGUACACAAGAUUCGACCACCAAUGUGGAUUUUUGGAUAUUUAUAAGGUGGAAACAAUAGGUGAUGCAUACUGUGUUGCUGCAGGGCUCCAUAGAAAAAGCCUUUGCCAUGCUAAACCCAUUGCUCUGAUGGCCCUGAAGAUGAUGGAACUUUCAGAAGAGGUGUUGACACCUGAUGGAAGACCAAUUCAGAUGAGGAUAGGCAUUCACUCAGGCUCUGUGCUGGCUGGAGUUGUUGGCGUAAGAAUGCCACGAUAUUGCCUGUUUGGAAAUAAUGUCACUCUGGCAAGCAAAUUUGAAUCAGGAAGUCAUCCUCGACGCAUCAAUGUCAGCCCAACCACUUACCAAUUAUUAAAACGAGAAGAAAAUUUCACAUUCAUUCCUCGGUCCCGUGAAGAGCUUCCAGACAACUUUCCAAAAGAAAUCCCUGGUAUCUGCUAUUUCCUGGAGGUAAGAACUGGUCCUAAGCAGCCAAAGCCUUCUCUUUCUUCAUCGAAAAUAAAAAAGGUUUCCUACAACAUUGGCACUAUGUUCCUCCGGGAGACAAGCCUCUGAGACCUGCUGCAGAUCAAAGACUCCUCCAAAAAGCACAAGCCCGGAACAUGGGUCAUGACAGGAGAAUGAAGAGAGAUAUUUCUCUUUUACUGAAUUGUUGAGAAAACAGUGGAAUUUCUGUUAUGUCAGGCAAUAAUCCUGGAAAAAGAUAGGUUAUGACUAUCAAUAAAAACCCUGGAGAGCAAGGGGGCAAUGUAUUCGUUCUUAUGAGUGAUUUUGGUCAUAUAUAUAUUAUAUAUGUAUAAUACAUAUAUAUGUAUUUUAAUUAAUUACAAAUGUGGGGCCCAUUUAAAACUAAUCAACAGUCUAUGUUUUCUUGUUUGUCACACAUAUAGGUAUCUUUAUAUAUUUGUAUUGCUUUUGAAAGCCAGUUUUGAUUAUAUAUUCCUACAUUUAGUGAGUUGGUAUGAGAGGAAUAUUUUCUAAUUUUGUUUUUCUGAGCAGACAUUUCAUACAUAUAUCUUGGCCAUGUGAUAAACUUCCCAGCAGGAAAAACUGUAACUGCAAAAUAUUUUAGGGAUAUUACCUAUUUUUAUACAUACCUCUAUAUAAUUUCAUGCAGUACUAUUAGAUUUUUCAGAAUAUGCUACUGUAUAGUUGAUACAUUAUAUAAUUCUAACAUAAGUUAAAUAUAAUUUCACUUAGACUUAAACAUAACCUAGGAUGUCAGAUGCCAAGAAAGCAUUGUAUAUCUACUUAGUAAUUAUAUCUUUUAGAUUUCAUUAAUGUAGCACAGAAUCCAAAGGAAAUGGAAUUUCCUAAUAGCAAACGUACGUAUCUGUAACCAAGAUUAAAGAUCUUUUUGCUAUUUUCUAAGAAAUAUCAGUGAAAAUAAAAUGCUUUGCUAAACUGGACCCUUUCAACUUAGCACUUCUAAAUAUACAUAGUUUUUACAAUAUACUAACUUAUAAUAAACAGCAUCCUACUAAAUUACAUGUAAGUCUUUCCCCCUUGCCCUGUCACCUUCUUCAAUGUAUGCUUCCUAAAGGCUAACUGCCACACUUGGGGAUAAAUUACUAAACACUGGCAUUAGUGAGAAAGAAGUGUAGGUUAUUUUGCGAAGGAUGUUGUUUAUGCUUGCAUAAUAAAAACAAGGGAAAAUGUGCUUUAUGAAUUUGAGAUUUUUUAAUGUUCUUCCAUAGUUUAUUUGCUGUGACUUUUAAAUUCAGUGAAUCACCUUCAUUAACACUGAAGUGUGCCUAACCUUCAUACUUAGUAAUCACAGUAGUUACAGAUAGGCUUCCAUUGCAUGUUCUGAUUAACAAUGCAUGAAAAUAUUAUUACAGACUCACCCUGAAAUUAGGAGCACAGUGUGUCCAGAAUUUUCCUAAUUUGGUUCAGAUAUAAAAACUAAAUUUCUCUUCAGUCUAAUUAGUUGGAAAGUAUUGUUUCCUUGAAACCUUGUGGUGGCCAAUUUCUUACUCCAGCAAGUAUAUUCAUUGGUAGCUUAUGUCUGCUGAAUAAAGCACAUUUUUCUGUUUAGGGUUUUAACUGCAUUAUGAUUUGCUUAUCACAUAACUCAGUUAAGGAAUAUAUUAACUAGUGUCCAAUAUAGUCUGUGAGGAUUAAUUAGUGUUUUCAAGCUCCCUAACAUACAGCUAGGAAAUACUUCUAGAUAUGCAAAAUAUUUGUUAUAAUGGUUAUCAUUUUUAUAACUAUUGAACUCUGUCUCUCCUUGGAGCAUAAGAGGACACUAGUGUAACACUUUUCAUGUGGGGAUAGGACCUAGAUCCUGAACUCUCUGAAUCCUUGCCUGUCCCUCCAUUCCUUGCAUCUAGGUCUCUGUGUUUAACCACAUCUGCGCAAGAAGGCCAGGGUGUUUAUAAGAGGCUGUGGAGGCAGAGGACAAGGUGCUCUCAUACGAAUAAUUACUCACAAAAUAAUUUCUUUAGUGGACUAGAAGAUUAACGCACUUCUUCCAUAGGGAAUAGAGGGCAAGCUUACAGUCAGUGUGGAAAGAAUAGACUCUGGGAGCACUUUAAUCCUCUUGCUGAUACUAGGAAUGCCUUAGCUAUGGUCUUCUUAUAGCGCAGGAGCAUGCGGAAAGAACCAAACUCACUGAAGUCAUUAAUGGUUAUUCUGCACAGUCACUUAAAACAUAUUGUGAAAUAGUAAAUUGUAAGCAUUUUAAUCACAACCAAUGUGUUUUGUGACCAUAAGGCUGAAAGGGACUUCCAAGAAUCAUCCAAUCUAUUUCUCUGCUUUUUGUAAAGAUUUGUCUAAGCAACUAUUCUAAACAUAUGUUUAUUUUCUCUAUACUCAAAACUAUCUGUGGGAAACAUAUUUUAAAAGCAUCCUCGGCAAUCUACUGCAUUAUCUAGUAGUUGCUGAUAGAGCUUGGGAUAAGAAUUGUAUAUAUUCAAUUUGUGAGAAUAAGCUCUUUCUUAGUUUAUAUGAUUUUACUUAGAGAAAAGUAGCUAUUUACGUUGUCACAAAUGUCACAAUGAAGAAUAUGCCAGAGAUCUAUUCAAUAUCACAAAGAGAAUGUAAACUACAUUUUUCAUACAAUAUAUAUCUUUAAAUAUAUAGUCUGAGGCAAUAUUCUGACCUAUCACCAUUUUUCCAACCUAGUACAGCUGACUUAUUAUAGCUACACUCUUCCUAUAUGUAUUUGCAAAAGAUGGUAUAACAUGGCAGUUCAUUCUAGCUGCAAUCAUAGAAUUUAGAGGCUGUGAAAAAGCAUUAUAUUUUUAUUUGUCCUAUAGAAUACAAUACAUGUAUCCUCCAUUAGCAAUUGUGAUUAUAAUAACAGGUGGUAUUGGUAUUUCAUUUGACAAAUAUCUAUACAGUAUUUGCAUGGACAAACUAUUACAUCCAUCAUGCCUCUUAGUGUGGCAGAUUGGAAGGAAUUUAAAUGAAUGUCCCUUUUGAAAUCAAGUGGUAUUAAAUUGGGAAAUGGCUUUACCCACUCUAAAGGGGAUACUUUAAGAGGGAAAAUGGCACCUAUAGUCCUCUGUUUCAGUAUUCUUUCAAGCAACUGAUUUGAAGAAGUUACUUUAUGACUAGCCAUCAGUACCAAACCUUUAUGUUGGCAUCAAUAUGAUUUUAAUGGAGAGAAUGUCAUUGUUUACAAAUAAAUGAGUUAUAUAACAAAGCCAGAAACCCCCCAUAGGUACCCAAAACAUACUGCACAUAUGUGCUUUGUGAACUUUAAUAAAUAAGUAACAGCCAUAAUAAAAAGAAUAAUAAUGCCUGAAGAACACAUAUAGUUGGGACUCGACUAUGUAGUGUUGAGUAGAGAUGGGAAGGAAGAAACAACUUCUAGAUAACAGUUUAGUCCAACUGUCUAAAAUCGGCCUUGAUACUCAUCUCUUCUCUUAAAAUUUCAAAAUAUUUUUUGAUUUCCCUUUUAAUGUCUGAUUAUGUGUGAAAUCCAAUGAGCUGUGUAUGACCAAUGGUGACUCUGAGAGAGGCACUGAUAGCCUAAGACUUGAGAGUGGGUUUAUGGGGGAUUCAGUUGGAGAAGGCAAUGGCACCCCACUCCAGUACUCUUG